UGGUUUGUUAGUUGUGGGUGCUGGUGCUUAUUUAUAGAGAAGUUAUUUUGAGCACGACUUCACAAUGUCUAUUUCUUUAGUAACUUUACCAUGUCUAAAUAAUUAAUAACAUCUAAUAUUGAAAAAAUAAUGCUUUGAUAAAUGUAUUAUACGUAAAAUGAAUUAUCUGUGGUUUACUGGCACAAUGAUAGGUCAAGGACUACUAAAACAUGAGAUGUAAUACCUAAUAUAGUUUAAGCCAUCUCUUAAAUAGGCCAGGAAGGUUGAGUUAAUUUUGUAUUGCAUUUCAAGAUUGCCUGGUGCGCAGUGGUCAGUAGUAAUGAAAUUAAGGGCAGAAUCUCUCUUUUUGUGCUCUGUACUUUUUAUUUCGAUCAUCACAAUAGCUAAGAAAUGUGAUUACUUUUUGUUGGUUGGAGGGCAGAAAGUUCCUGCUAUGUUUAUGUUUGGAGACUCCUAUGGAGAUACAGGGAACAAUGAUUUUAUUGUUACACUAGUUACUGGUGAUUUUCCUCCAUAUGGAAGAGAUUUCAAAGAUCACAUUGCCACAGGAAGGAUAUCCAAUGGAAAGCUCAUGUCUGACUACUUUGUUGAAGGGCUUGGAAUCAAGGAAUUGUUGCCCCCAUAUUUGGACCCUAAGCUCAAGGCCCAAGACUUGCUAACUGGUGUCUGUUUUGCAUCUUCUGGUUCAGGCUUAGACAAUCUCACCGCCCAUUUACUGGAAGUGAUACCGCUUUGGAAACAAAUUGAGCAUUUUAAAGAGUAUAGAAAAAGAAUAGCAGGAUUGGUGGGAGAAGAAGAGGCCACCGCCAUAAUCAGAAAGGCAAUAUUUUUCAUUACAAUAGGCACCAAUGACUUCAUUUUCAACUACUUUGCACUCCCAACUCGCCGACUUCAGUUCACUGUUCAAGAGUAUACAGAUUUCCUCUUGAAUACAUACACACUUUAUAUCAAGGAACUAUACAAUCUGGGUGCCACUAGAAUUGCUGUGAUUAAUGUUCCACCAUUGGGAUGUCUACCAAUUGAGAGAACAUCUGGAAGCUUUUUGAACAAGGGAGCAUGUGACGAGAAGAUAAACCAGGCUUCAUCUAGGUUCAAUUCAGGAUUAAAUGCUGCGAUUGCUGGACUCAAACCUACUUUUCCUACCCUUAGAAUUGCUUCUCUCGAUUACCACAAUCUGAUUUCCGAGUUCAUUGCAAACCCUAGUAAAUAUGGUUUGGAGGUGAUUGCAAAAGCUUGCUGUGGGACUGGCACCUUCGAAGUUCUCUUCCUGUGCAAUGAAUUGAGUCCCUUGACAUGUCCUAAUGCUUCCAAAUAUCUCUUCUUUGAUUCCGUCCACCUUACUCAGAAAGCAUAUAAAAUCAUUUCUAGUGUACUUUUAACUAGAGAUGUUCCUCAACUUCUUUAAUCUAGCUAGUGGAUUUAUUUAUAAUUGAACAUAAUAUGCUCUAAAAGUAAUCGGUACAAAUUAACGUAUGGACUUGUUCUAGAUGAUAUUUCAUCCAUCUUGUAAAAUGUAAAGAUGUCAUAGUAAAAAGAUUUAGGCUUUCUAUGCAUUCUAUGUUGUAAAUAUUUAUUGUUA